AUGCCUUUCUCGAGUGCUUCAGAUGAAGCAUUCUCACGCUCUACAGUAAUGGCACCACACCAGGUCGAUCCCAGCCAACCGACCAAUCUGGAAUGUCUUCUCAUCCAUACCAUCUAUGCGCUUUCUUUUUGCAUUCUUCUUUGCAUCCUCAUCCUCUUCCGACAGACCCGGAAUCAAGGUCAGCGGUCAGACCUCAGAGAACACGCCCUAGAGUCGGAUCCGAAAGACCAGGGUUCAACACAUUCAGAUCAACAUUUGACUCGAUCAAUGGUGCCUUUGACGGGAUCCUCUCAUACUGUUCACGACUCUUCACCGAUGCGGUCAGGUCCAGUCACAAGUGGGUAUCUGGCAUCUGCGGCAAAAGCUGCGAACGCGAGAAAGGUGGACUUUGAAGUGAGAGCCAGGGGUCGAAAAUUGGGUGCUAUGGCAAAUGCAGGCCCAAGUGACGAAACACGCAGCAUCUAUGACGAGCCCGACUCCUCGUGGAGACGACAUUCUUACCCACAGCCUUCGCAACAGGGCGGCUUGCUCCACGACAACUCCUCUGCAGAUCUGUCCCCAAUUCCAGACGGGAUCCCUUCGUGGAACUGUCAACGUGGCAACGCGGCGACGAUAGUCAUUGCAAGAGGUCUUGGUAAGUUUGGCGUGGUCCAAAUGGGACUUCGGCUGGACCGGAUCAAGCGCCAAAGAUGCAAAAAGUUAGAUAUACCCCGCACAUGGAACACGAAUGGAAGCUCUUUUGAAUGGACCAACGGGGUGGGUGGAUUCUGGGUUGGAUCAACACUUGUUUGA